AUGCCUGAUCGUCCGUCCGUCCCCUUGUCCCUCUUUGUUCAGGCUUUCCUUUCUCUCUGCCCCAACAUCACAUCUUGUCGACCCGCUGAUGCACGCAAUGAGCAGCAUUACGCUAACGUCUCCGCAUUGUCUGAGCCCCUCUUUUCUUCUGCUUAUGCUCCCCCAAGCUCAAUGUUUUCACUUUUCUUUAUCCCUUCGCUCGACUCCCUCUACAUCCUGCAAAGGUUGCCUCAAUAUUUGGCUGUCCUAGCCUGCACAAUUUGGCUUCAUCACGCCGUCAGCCCAAGCACCAGUCCCUCUCGGAUAAUGCGAGGUCGACUCAGCCGGUCUGGUUUGGCCUGUCCGGGGGGGUCCCGGCCCAAGGGUCCGCCUCAUAUUGCUCCGGACUCACUAUCUCCUGUUGAUCUGGUUUGCCCUGUUUCCAACUGCCCUAUUCCAGCCGCCGGCUCAGUCACCGCCUCAAUCAUCGAAUGCAGCACAUGGAUACACACACGCACAAGCAUGCCCACACACACACACACACACACGCAGGCCACUUAUCUCUGGGGCUAG